AUUUUUUAUUUGCGCAUUUCAUUGCUGUAAUCAACUAUGCAUACGCGGCGGCUGGUGAAGCGCUCGGUCAUUGGCAGCCGCGUGUACGCGCCGGGUUUAACGGGAGACGCGGCUCCGGUCACGGGAGUGAUCCAGGCUGUCAAACAAGACAACAGAGAUGCUUCGACCGGCCAUCGGCGCAACGUGUACACAGUGCUCAUGCAAGACGGGAGCCUGAAAGACUACUCCGAGGAUGAGAUCGCACAGAUGACUGCGAAAGCGCCGCUGAAGUCGAGCUUGAAGAGCACCUGUAAUGGUGGCCAGCGGGACGGGCCCACGCAGGGCCAGAAUGGGGGCGUGCAAAGAGGAGAGGUGCCCUCCCUCAGCCCAGAGAGCACAGAGGAGCCAAGGGUGCUGGAGCACAAGCGAUCGGGCCGAGCGCUAGAGCCAGAGAAAGAUCACACCCGCUCGGUUUCUCUGCUGGAACAAAAACGCAAGGUGGUCUCUUCCAGCAUCGACGUACCACAAGCCAGGAAAUCAGAGGAGGAGGUGGACAUGGAUAAAGUGACAGCUGCCAUGGUGUUGACCAGCCUGUCCACUAGUCCUCUGGUGCGCAGCCCUCCUGUAAAAGUUAGUGAGGGUCUGAACGGCUCAUGGAAAGACGGAGGCUUUACUCCAUCCAGCUACAACAGCAGUGGAUAUUGGAGUUGGAGUGCGCCCAGUGACCAGUCCAACCCAUCCACGCCGUCCCCACCCCUGUCUGCUGACAGCUUCAAACCCUUUCGGAUGCCCAGCCUCAGCGGCCCACCAGAUGACAACAUCGAUGAGCAUGAUGGGAACAGCUUGCUGUUCGACGAACCCAUCCCCCGCAAACGCAAGAACUCCAUGAAGGUGAUGUUCAAGUGUCUGUGGAAGAACUGUGGGAAGGUCUUGAGCACAGCUGCUGGGAUCCAAAGGCACAUUCGAACCAUCCACCUGGGGAGGAACUGUGACUCAGAAUGCAGUGACGGAGAGGAGGAUUUCUACUACACUGAGAUCAAGCUGAACACUGACUCUGUGGCGGACGGUUUGAGCAGUCUGUCUCCUGUGUCCCCGUCUGUGCUGUCUCCCCCGCCAGGUUUGAACCAGAGACAGCCGGAUGGCACUAACGGAGCAAAGAGCGAGAACAGCACCACCACCCCUCUCAGCCGCUCUGCUCCCAGUGCACUCUACCUAGUGCACACAGACCACGCCUACCAGGCCACAGCCCCUGUCACCAUCCCCUCCACCAGCUCCACUGGCUUCACCCCCUCCAGCAGCAGUUUCAGUAUCUCCUGGCAGUCCCCACCCGUCACUUUUACUGGCACCUCUGCCUCUCCCACUCACAGCCGGACGCAGGGCUUUGGGGAGCAGCGCUCUCAAACCAUUGCAGUGCUCUCGUCUCCCCCGAGAGCUGCAGGCUCACUCAGUAGGAAGUCACGAGGUGAGGGAAAGAAGUGUCGUAAGGUGUACGGCAUGGAAAACAGAGACAUGUGGUGCACGGCCUGCCGCUGGAAGAAAGCCUGCCAGAGAUUUGUUGACUGAAACCGCUGCGACAACUUACACACAAAAACAGGGUGGGAUUCCUUUGCAUGCAUAGCAUAGUGAAAUACGUCCCUUCUCUUUCUUAUUGACCAGAGCCCCACCCUGUUUCACCUUAAACCCACAUGGACUUUGAGGGUCAAACACUUAUGCAUUCCCUCCUAAACCAACAGAUGCACCCCAAUCUUUGCAGAUUUCCAACUCACCCUUUGAGGCGAAUUGCUUUACACUGCAAAAGAAAAAAAAAAAAUACUUGGGAUCCAUCUUUUUGUUUGUGUUCAGUAUACUGCUUAAAAACAUUCUUGUCAGUUCCUAAAGGACCAGUCAGGGCAAGACCAGCCUCUGUCCAUGCUCUUUUUAAAAGAGAAGAAAGCUCUCUUUCAGACUGUGUAAGUGCUAUAAAACCCAACUGGAGAAAGUGUUGCUUUUUCCAUGGGCACAUUUUCACACUUCUCCUGCCCAUUUUUCUAAAGGUUAAGGGUUUGACAGCCAGAAAACCCUGUCUUCUCAAGAAUGUACUACCACAGGGGUUUGUUUUGGGAUGUUGACUGAACCGCUCCCCUGAAUGGAAAUUCCUCAAUGCAAAAAAAUAGAAAAUAAUACAAAUAAAUAUGGGAAGAGAAGGACUUUCAGCUCCCCCUUUCAGUCAUGCUGACACAAGCAAUUGCACCUACGAAGGACGGAUUUUAUAUUUCUGGUUUUAUAUUUGCGUUUACCAAUAGGACAUUUCUUUCAGGGAUGCGAUCAGUAAAAGCUAAACCAGCAGUUAGAUUUAACAGCAAAGAACUCAGUGGUUUUUGUCACAGGAAUACCUUCUUGCUACCAAAAAGGUUUUUUUUUAAUGUGCCAUUUUCUUUUUCUUUUUUUGCUUUGUGUGUAACUGACUUCAACAGAAUGAAGUACAAAUACUGCGAUCAUUAAAAUCCAAUGGCACAGACUCGCAUCAAAAUAAGCGAUCGCAAGGACCAGCCAUUCAGGCAACCUCUCCUUCCCAACGGACUCCAUCUGCAGGAACGAACUGCAUUCAUAUUAGAGCCAUAUGAGAACCAUGGUGGUUUCACGCCACAGUCUGUUGCCUAGAGAGGUUCAACCAACAUGCCCAAGUAAAGAAAACUCUGCAAAGUGGUUAAUAUUACCUCUGGAAGGUGAGGAGCUCUUUACCUCUCACCUUUUUCCUGACCUCACAGGUUCAAGUAGGAAGUAAUAAAAAGCAAAUGCCACAUCUACCCCAGCACAAGAGCUGGAAGCACUCAGGUGUGGUGGUGUUAUUUCUUCUGUAGUUGGUACAGUAUUGUGUAACACAGCAGAACACUGGUCACAGGAGGAUGGACGUCUCUCUUUAUGAUGGGCUUCUUUGAAAAGGAUGACCAGAAAAAUUGUCCCAAGAUGUCAACACUUGGUUUGGCUCUUAAGGAAUAUGGCAGCUCGGUUGGCAUUUGUAAUCUGGAACUGCUUUGGUGGCUCCGAUACAGUCCAAUUUGAUAUCGUCUACGUAACAUCAACACAAGCUAGUUAACUCAUCAUAAACCUGCAAACAAUGCUUAUUGCGAUCAACUCAUUGUCUGUAUCUAUUUUGUUCAUCACACUGUUUUCCUUUCACUUACUGUUUAUAGAUAAGGUAUAUAGUAUUACACCCCACAAACAAAAUGUUUUAUGCCUAGUGUAACACUUGGGUUUUAAUGGUAGAAUGGCUUUGUUCACACUGCACAUAAAUCAGAUUUGGUUUCAAAUCCGAUUUCAAUUAUUAGAUCCAUUUGUUUGUACAAUGUAGUCAAUAUCCUAUGUCUCCACAUGGAUUAUUUACAUAUACUAUACCCAUCAUGCUGACAAGUUAUUAAAAGAGACUCUAAAACUUCUAAAAGUACAGUUCUUGGAAUCUGAUUCCAAUUCACACCAAGAUGCAUUAAAGAAAUAUGAUCUGAUUUCACACCUGGUAUGGAUGUGGUUUGGAUCUUGUUCAUAAACAUCAGAUAUCAUGUGGUCUUCUGCAGUUCAGAAUACAAAAAAAAACUUGAUAUGGCAAAAAAAAGGGCUUUAAUUUGAUGUAAUUUCACACCAAAAAUGGAUGUGGUUUGGAUCUGUUUUUUUUUUCAUGUGGUCUUUAAAAAAAAAAAAAAAAAACUCAAUAGAUUGACCAAAAAAAAUACAAAUCUGAAUUUAGCUGCAUAUGUGAAUAAAGCCAGAUACUACACGAACAGAAAACACUUUAAAACUGGUACUGGUUUAGUGUCUAAAUAGAAAAAAAGAAAAUCCAGAAACGACCAUGAGUUCAUGACUGUUUCUGCAUUUUGAUCUAUAAUUGUCCUUUUUCUCACUUUCUGUUGACACAAUUCAACAGAUCUUGCAAGGAAAAGGUCUUCAGGGCCUUGCGUCUUUCCGUAUGACUGGAGGCAACCUGUUUGUGAAAGAACAGCUAUACUGAAGCUGCACACCAGCACCCAUGGGCUCUAGCACUCCAAUUCUACUCAAAUGCCUAUUGAAACUUUUUGUGAUCUCGUGCCAGAGAUGAAGUUGAGUUUCAAUAAUUAAUAGCUGCAUAUUUUGGCCCCUCCGCUGGUGUGAGGAACAUCUCAGAGGCUGCUGCUUGUCCCUCCAUUCCCUUCCUGGUGCUAUUUUAGACCAAAUGGUCUAAGAGAUCUCACAGGCAUUUUAUGUAAGAGGGCAAGCUGAUGUCUACAGCUGUUUACAUUCAGUAUAUACUGGGGAAACUCUUUCCAUCACGUUUCCUACAAAUGAGACUUUUAGGAAGUGGGAAUAUAUUUCUAAAUGUUACCUAAAAGUAUGCUCUUGCCUCGGAUAAGCUGUUAUGUGAAGUUAAGAUCAGGGUGCAUUUGGUUUCUAAUGAUGUUUCACACACCUGUCACCAUGGUGCUUAUGUAUUGCCUGCAGUUUUGUUAGCUAGGCCAUGGCGCAUUACUUGUGUUCAUUGGGGGUGCUAGUGUUCUUGUGCACAGGCCUUUGUUUUGUUGUACAACAUGUCAUUUAACACACAUAUCAAGCUGCAACAUGAGUAUGGCGUGUUUUCACUAUUUACUUUAUCGCCAACUUCGUACACAGGUUAAACAGUUUAUAAAUUUACCUACAAUACUUGUAUAAGCUACCUGGUAAACAGUAUUUAGGACUAGUGCUGCUCAUUAAUACGUACUUGGGUCCAUGUCUCAUAGUAAUGCAGUACAAAGCUUUUAUUGCUCAGAUCCAGAAGGAUGCUGAGGUGUUAGCUGUCUUUAGCCUAAGUAGUCUUGUCUGGUUCUGUGUAAACAUACCAUAUAGGUAAUUAAAAACAAUAACUAAUAAUGCUAUUAUAUUACUCAAAAUGUGUAACUGUUUUGAUCGAUAUUCUAAGCUACUUUUAACACACUGGUGUACAGAUCCUAGGGAACAGAUUAAGAUACCUCCCGUUCUUAACUUUCACCAGGUCGAGAGUUUAACACGCUAGUUUAGCCUCUUUAAAAGAUGCAGAAAAGUCUCGCCAUCUCUUUUUCCCAUGCAUCGAUGUAGUGCAAUGUUAAUCGAAUACCCAUAUGUCUUUGGUUGGUAUUAGUGUUGGAUCUGUGCAGAUGUUUAGAGUGGGUGUGCAUAUCCCAUGUCAGACUGACCCAUUCUGACUGUCUUUGCAUAGACUGAAUCGUUUGUGUAACUCCAAACCGCCACUUAGCUAUAGCCAGAUGGCAGAUGAGCCACUAAGUAGUCUACUUACAUAACUUGUGUGUUUGUUUCGAGCCACAAACAACAAGGAGUAGAGGCCGUUGAUGGGACUGAGUCUGCAAAAAAAA